UUCUUCUAAACUCGCCUAGCAGGAGCUGCUGACGUAAUGAGGGCGCGAGGGAAGAAAAUUUACAUUUUGAUGAUCAAAAUAAACAAGUUGUUUCUCGUCUGUUGGCUCGUAUUCCCACGGCAUUUCUCGUUCUGCUAGGGUCUCCUAAACUUCCACUCGUGUUUCUAUAACUCGGUAGAAACACGGUACAUGCUUUCUAUUUCUUAAAUAUUUUUUCGGUUUUGACUCAAGGUAAUUUAGCAAAACGUUUUGCUUAAAAUUGAAACGUUUUAUAUUGAUUUCUUCUUCUCAGAACCCAUGUUCUAGUAACCCAUGCCUUCACAAUGCGACCUGUCUGAAUGGAUUUACAGCCAGUGGAUACGUUUGUAAAUGUCAAGUUUGUUACACAGGGCAGAAAUGCAAGACGGAUAAGGACACUAUAAUAUUUCCGUUUACACGCGUUUAAGACAAUAACUGAGUUACAUGAUUCUUUUCAAGACGUACCAACUUGAUUUCACUUUGUGAAACCUGAAUCGUGAAUUUCUUUUAUACCAAGUCUCACUUUGUCGACUCGACUAUUCCGGAAGUCGACCCGUGUCGACUCGUCCCGACUCGACGACAUUUUGCCCCCCUCCACAUCGCCAAGUCCCCCUCCAAGUCUCACUCUUUCGACUCGACUCGUCGCGACUUGACGACAUUUUACUACCCUCCUUCACUUCGCCUUCAAGGCACUUUUAUGGCCCGCUGAUUGGCCAGAAAAAUAUUUUUCUGUCCAAUCAGCGGGACGGAAUUCAAACACUUCUGGAACUACUUCGGUAAGAGUAAGUUCCCAGGGGCUCUCCAGCUCUUGAAGUAGACUUUCCCCUAGAACUAUCGCAACGCCCCGACUAGCUGCCCCUGGGUCUCCGAGGAUGGGUUACACCCAGCGCAAAAAUCUCCGAUAACCAUUCAUUCGCCUUGGUGGCGAGAGGCACUGCGAGAGUACAGUGUCUAACCUAACUACACAACUCAGUGUCCUCUCCCUGACUUGAACCCGGACCGCUCGAUCCAAAGUUCAAAGUGCUAACCACUAGCCCACCGCGCCUACAACACAGAUCAGGUUAAUAAUCAGCAUUUGUGAAAUUAUUUAAAAUUUUUCAAUCAUCAACACAUGUGCGCAUUACGAACCUAUGUUAUCGUUAUAUUGACAUCCACUUGUACCAGUAUCCUUCCAUUGCAGAUGUGGAUGAGUGUGUUAACGACUUACAUGCCUGUGACGUCAACAACUACUGCAGCAAUACUGUGGGAUCCUACAUUUGCAAGAGUCACCGUGAGUUUGAUAUACUUAACUAGAUGCUAAUAAAACUCAGUCCUCAGUUUCUGUGUAGGAGUAAGUCUUUCAAGCCUUUGGCAUCAAGGAAGAUUCUGCUUCUUGUUUCUGUUGCAUAUAUUGACAAAGAAUUAAUUUCUUUGAGGGUGUUAUGACAACAGCCCUUAUGCAUGAUGACGUCAGACUAGCUAAUCUCACCAACAAACCUCUCUUUUGAAGAACAAAAAGCAGCAAAAAUGUAAAUACGUAAAUAAUGCCCUCUUAACCACAGCAUGAAGGUGCCAGAGAUUUGAGUAAAUAUUUCUACAUAGCGAGGCUUCGGUGUGAAUUUUGAGCAUCUGACGUAUUCAUGCAUAAAUGCAUUAGGCCUAUCCUUCGGUACAAUUUUAUAGUCUUUGCUGAGCAAGGCAUUACAGCAACAAGAAAUAAGCUUUAUAACUAUUACGUUCAAUCAGUAUGCAUUUUGAAAAUUUACACUUUAGAAAUGAGAAAUGGUGCUUGUAAAAUUUGAUUCGGAUUAGUUCUUUACUGUGAAACGUCUUCAGUGGUUAACGACCCAUGUCGAAGCAUGUUCUUUUUCGUAAGACCACUCGCAUCAGUAAGAUGACACAAGAACCCCCAGACACCCUUAGUUCAAGCAAUUCUUCAGCUAUUGAAAACAAAAUCACUGCACCUACUGUUUUGUUUAACCAGGGGGCCUUGGUGCAUCCAUAAUUCUUGGCGGUCAGCUAGAGCAACAAAAAUACUUGGAGACGCUGGCGCUCUAUUUGGACCCAAUCUUCAUGAGCGCAUCCUUGAGCAGGUUUGUGAGGUGUUACCAUGCUAAGACAGAUGGUUGGCAAACUACAACAUUCCACGCCAAGUGCGAUGGAAAGGGACCCACUGUUACUAUCAUCAAAGUUAACGACUACAUAUUCGGUGGAUACACGGACGUAUCUUGGCAUAGUUCUUGUAGCUACUCCUCUUCAGGCAAAGCUUUCAUUUUCUCGCUCUACAACACCAAUGGAUACGAUCCUGUCAAACUGAUACAGUACCAAUAUCUUAACAAAGCCAUGUACAGCUGUUCCAGUUAUGGACCUACUUUCGGGGGAAACCUUGGUCAGCACGAUAUCUACACACCAAACGAUGCUGUGAACAAAAAGAGAGCUUUCACCUACUGUGGCUCUACUUACUCUCCUCCCCCGGGGAACUCUGUUGGUUUUUGUUCAUUCUUUGCUGGAGGCAGCCAAUUUACUCCGACUGAUAUUGAAGUGUUUUACGAGACAACUUCUUAA